AUGGCCAUGCAGUUGGCAAUGCAGCAGCUGAAAUCCACUGUCUCCCUGGAGAUGCUGGUGUGGGCAGGUGGCAAACUACUGGUUGAAAAGAAUGAUGAGGACCAAAAGAUUGAACAAGAUGGUGUCAAACCGGAAGAUAAGGCUCAUAAGGCUGCGACCAAAAUUCAGGCUAGCUUCCGUGGACACAUAACAAGGAAAAAGCUCAAAGGCGAGAAGAAGGGAGAUGCACCCGCUGCUGAGGCCGAGGCCAAGGAGAAGGAGGAUACUCCCAUGGCUGAUGGUGUGGAGAAGAAGGAUGGAGACGGCCCUGCUACUACCGAUGCAGCCCCAGCCACCAGCCCCAAGGCUGAGGAGCCCAGCAAGGCAGGAGAUGCGCCUUCUGAGGAGAAGAAGGGCGAGGGGGAUGCGGCCCCCUCGGAGGAAAAGGCCGGCUCAGCUGAGACAGAAAGUGCUGCUAAAGCUACCACUGAUAACUCGCCGUCCUCCAAGGCUGAAGAUGGCCCAGCCAAGGAGGAGCCAAAACAAGCCGAUGUGCCUGCUGCUGUCACUGAUGCUGCUGCCACCACCCCUGCUGCAGAGGAUGCCGCCACCAAGGCUGCGCAGCCUCCAACGGAGACUGCAGAAAGCAGCCAAGCUGAGGAGGAAAAAGAAGCUGUAGAUGAAGCCAAACCUAAGGAAAGUGCCCGACAGGAUGAGGGUAAAGAAGACCCCGAGGCUGACCAAGAACAUGCCUGA